GUGUUGAUUUCUUCAGGUAACAAAAUUAUGAUGGAGGCCGAGCUUCCGGAGGACGUGGAAGAUGACGGCCGCGAAGAAAACCAAACGUUUCUCAAUCAACAGCACCCUGGAAAUGUGCUGUCCCGAUUGCAUGAUCUUCGAGAGCGGGAAGAGCUCUGUGAUGUUACAAUUGUUGUGGAAGGAAGAGCCAUAAAAGCCCAUAGAGCAGUUUUGGCCGCAACGAGCCAGUACUUCAAUGCCAUGUUUACAAGAAAGAUGAGUGAACGAAAUCAAGCCAAGGUAGGCAAUCCAAGGAGAUUCGCCUCAGUUUAUGCAUGCGCUCUACAAAAACCUAAGGUGUUAAAUAAAGUAUGAAAGUGCAGCGACCGUUGACCAUGCAUAUAAUCGAUUGUGUAAUAGUUUUUCGUGGGAAACUGUUUUCUUUCCAUGCAAAAUUUCGCCUCCUUAAUUAUUUAAUAAUCAUUAUUUUUUGAAAUUUAUGGUACAGUGCAAAUUUUGAAAGUUAAUCCACAUAAAUAACCAUUUCAAUUUAAAUUAAUCCGAUAAAUCGCAUUUGCCAAGCGUGUACAAAUAACACACUUCGUUCACAACCGUAUCUACACGUUUGCAAAUGUUGUGGUUUAGAUUUAAUUUCUCUUCCGAGUUUUAAGUUUUUUAAGCCAGUUCUAUUUCUGUUUUCCUUCGCCUCAAAUAAUGUUAAAGGAUCUGAGAUUUAAGAAAAUGAAAAUUAAACUGGUCUGGUUAUUCUAAAAAACAAAAGAAACAACAAGCAGUUCAUGGCCACUUACAUGUAACUACUAUGAAUAAAGCUCAGGCUUUAAAUGUGUCGAGGGGCUGCACUAGACUCAUAACACGUUUAACUCAAGUGCUUAAUAUAUUUUUUUCUGAUCUUUUCCAUCAACUUUGAUUCAUAUCAGUCAAAAAUUUUAAUGUUCAUGAAUUCCUGCUAAAUUUAGAAUUAUUGAUUGUUUCACGAAUAUACACUGUAACAAAACGUACGUUCCAGGAAGGUUUAACACAAAGAUAUCACCAGUCAAUUCUAUGCGUGGCAACCGAAAAGAAACAGUUCAUUAUAUAUGUAUGACCUCGGCGUGAGAUGUACCUAGCAACUGGCUGAAGAUAACAAGUUUACAUUUAUCACUCACAGUUUGUUCUAAAUUAUCAAUAUGUUUUAUCUUUCUGAUUAAAAAGAAAAAUACCCUCUAUUGCUUUAACAUCUGCAUGUUCAAAGCAGGGUUAGGGUAACCCAGGGUUAAUGGCAAGUUUGAAUUCAGUUGUGAAUGUUAACAAAGCAAACUCCCAUAAAUUCUAUAAGCCUACAGUCUGAUGUUUGAAUGCACUUAUUUCCAACACAUUUGUGUCCGAUAAUUGUCUGUGACAGGUAAAAAUUUAGUUCAGACAUGUAAAAUCCUUUGACAUGACUUGUCCGUCGUAUAAGCACAUUUUUAAUUAGAAAAUUAAAAAAUAUGGAAACAAUUGAAAUUUGUCUUCAAAUUAAAGUAGAAUUACUCUGUUAACAAGACGCCUAAAGUCGUUUCCGUGGGAUGCGUUGGUCUAUGGAAGCAUAAUGGCCUUCUAUCUGAAUUUGGAAAAAUUAGGAAACCGGAAAGAUGUGUCAUGUUAUGAGCAUCGAUGAGUAAGUUACCUGUAUGGGUUGGUUUAAUGUGCUUAUUACUGAAUCUAUAGUAGCCUGCGUGGCAGGCUACUAUUUCUCCCCAAUCCACAUCCCCUUUUUUGCUUCCUCCCUAUCCCCUACCCCUUUCGACAGUGAUCGCAAGGAUGGAGUUGAUCUUGUUUUGAUCUAUCGCUAUGUAGUUAUUUUCUAGCACGAUUUGGAUAAGAAAAAGAAGUUAUUUUGCAUCAAAACAAGGUUUACCCGUGUAACUUAAAUUGGAAUGUUAACGGAAACAAGUAAUGGAGAACAUGCGCAUAAUGCUCUCUGAUUAACCUGAACAGGAGCUAUAUGUAUAAAGAUACGUCAUAUCUUGGUAGUAGGUUGCCACAGGUAACUUUAAUUUUUCAAAGAGAAAUAAACAUUGUAGUUUUAGUUAAUGGAACAAAACAUCUGCUUGCUUUAUCCAGGGUCGAACCCAGGGUUACAAAGUUCGAUAAAGCUCCAAUGUUUUAAUCCAAGAUGAAAGUUUAAUAUUCCAAGAUGCUCUUGAUACGGUUAAAAAUUAAUUGCAAUGUGUUUCCAAGGUCUCAAAGUUAACAUAGUUCCAAUGAUUAUCCCUGAUUUUAAUAAGGUUACUAAGGUCCUGAUCCGUGUCCCAUCCAGAAGUCCAGUCCAUGCCGAAAGCGAGUCGUCGAUCGACGAGGACGAUAUUAUCGCGAUUUCACCGCCAGAAUUUACGCGAUUUAACCUCCCAUCGUCAAGGUGUUUUCGAUAAGAAAAGAAAAAACUGAACUCAAGCUGUGCUCGGCAAAAUCUGGCGAACUCCGAAUGGAAAAAUCUAUCGGAAAUCAAGGCCCUCAACCAGACGCUACUAAAACCUUAUGAAAAAGCUAGACCUAAGCAAAAAAGAAUCAUGAAGGGAAGAAAUAAUUUGGCUUAGGUCGCCUUUCGUGACUUGCCAGUAUCCCGAAGGAUUUCGCUGGUUAACAAGCCAUCCUAAACCAGAGGAACCAGAGGAAGCAAAUCGAUUAAAAAUCGAUACAGAUUUUGUACAAUAUGAUUGGUCGGCUUGGAAGAAGAGAUAAUCGAUAAAGAUUUUACGCAAUCCUAUUGGCUGACUGUGCAAUUUUGGGUACAACCGAACCGGAUUUUUACCGUGGGAGUGCCACAGGCAUCCCACGGAAUUAGGAAGUAUGUAAGUCCAAAAACUACAGUCUUCAUCGUUAGGUUUUCUUUCAAAGCAAAUGAGAAAAGAAAAAAUCUUGGAUGCUAGUAAAGAAUUAAGUGAAUCAAGAGAAGAUCAUUAAAUACCCGAUUGUUUUUGAGUAUCGAAAACUUUUUGGACAAGAACUCUUGGAAGAUCGAAGGGCCUCUGCUCACAGCGUAACCACCAGGAUACCCUGUGCAAGGCACUGAAUACAUUUCGAACCCUAGAAACCGUCAGACUACACAACAUUCUGCCAGCUAUGAUAAUAAGUAUCAUGCAAUUACUGCAUUAUUUAUUUACGUAUUAAUCUUAUACUGCGGAACCCUUUACUCCAUUAAAAACAUUGCUUGAUGCCAGAAAUUAGCUGCUAGAACAAAAAUAUAAUGACAAUUCUGUACAUGUAAUUGAGAUUCAAUGUCAUCAUAUAUGCUAACUCUCCCGGAUUAUCUGGGAGUCUACUGUAUACGGCACUGAUCUCCCGCUCUCCCAUAUGGGUCACACCAAAUCUACCGGAUAAAAUGGACUUUUGAGCUUUUCUGUGCUUUUGUUUCAAAUUUAGCCCGUUUUUUCCCUGAAAAUUUGAACAUUUUUUAUUCAUUGUACAGUUUCUGGGAAAUUUCUGCAUGUUCACUGACAAAGAUUAUUUUGUCGUUAAUAUGACGAAAGCGAAUAUUGAUCACAUGUACUUCAUGUAAGACUUCAUAUAAUGUCCUAAGCCGGGUCAAUUUGUGGACGGCGUGGAGGUGGUGGGGCUGUUGUCAUUCCAGGGAGGGGGGUGUAGUGCAAAAUAGAGAGUCUCCAGAUUUUAGAUCUCCAGAGGUUGGCAUCUCUGUGUAAUUUUUUGUAGCAUAUUGUUUAUUUCAGGGAUCACGUUACUCCUGAUAACCUCUAAAUAUUGAUUACCUGUUGUUUGUUGUUCCAGUGGUGGCGAUUAUGUGGGAAUAAGUAUCCCCUUUUCAAGAAAUUUAAUGCUGACCAUAUUUUUUGCAGGAAGAAAACAAACUCAUGAAUGGAGACUCACAUCAGUCAUGAUUUUUAGGCUGAGGACUGCAGCAACCAUCUUGUGACAUUUUUUUUCUCUGUAUUUUUUUGUAGGUGGAGAUCAAGGGAGUAGACUUUGAGUCAGCUGAAACUCUCAUUAACUUUGCUUACACAUCACAGCUAACCAUUACAGACUCCAGUGUCCAAAAUUUGUUUCUGGCAGCAGAUUUGCUUCAGUUUAAAUGGGUCAAGGACUCGUGUAUCCAGUUUAUAAUGCAACAGAUUGACAUUGCUAAUUGUGUGGGAGUGAGAGCUUUAGCAGACAGACAUUCUUGUAAAGCUAUGUACGAAGCAGCGACAAGAUAUAUCAUGGAGAACUUCAUCAAAGUGUCUCAAACAGAUGACUUUAAAGUUCUUGGUGCCAGUGAAGUGAUCGAGCUCAUUAGCCGGAGUGAUCUUAAUGUCUGUGAUGAGAUGGAGGUAUUUAAUGCGUGUGUAGCUUGGAUUGAAUAUCACCCUGAGCACAGAAAAUGUCACCUAGCAGAGUUCUUAAAAGCUGUAAGACUUCCUUUCAUUUCAAUGACAAAUCUUCAGAAAGAUGUAGCUGAACAUCCGUUGGUCCAAAAUGAUAUUUAUGGCCGAGAUAUUGUGGAGGAGGCUGUUGCUUUUCAUUUUGAACAGGCUGGGAUGAAGAUGAGGGACUCAUAUGCUGAGACUGUUUACAUCCUAGGCGGGGAAACAUCAUUUAUGAAAGAAGUGAAAAGUGUUGAGAGAUACAAUUGUCAAACUAUGCAGUGGGAGAUUGUGAAAUCAAUGACUGAGGCACGGGCAUCGUUUACUGUAGCAACCUUGCAGGGCAAGUUAUAUGUGAUUGGUGGUUAUAGGCGAGGUCGGAAGCUGAAUUCAAUGGAGUGUUACAGCCCAACACAAAAUGCCUGGAUAAGUUUAAAGCCAACGAGCAAAUGCCAGGGUGAUAUGCGGGCUGCUGUUCUUGAUGGGUUUAUUUAUGUGGCAGGAGGAUCCAGUGAGGGGCUGCUGACCUGUAGGUGAGUGGACUCAGUUGAAGGUUAAGUCUGCAUUUGGUUCUUGUGGCCCAUAAGGCCGCAGCUUAAAACGGCAGCAAUAGCCUUGGCAGUACCUAUUUACAUGUAUAAACCUGGAUGUGUGUGCAGUGUAGAUGACUUCAAACAAAUUGAGUAUUAACUAUGUGCAAUUAUUGACUUUAAAAUUUGUAAUACAAAUAUGCCAUCACCUACCAAUAAGAGCUGUCCAGUGAGUAAGACUUACAGUAAUAGAACUUUCCGGCAUUCCUGUAAACAAAGAUACCAUACGGCAAGAUUUAAGUUAGUAAUAAUAGUAAAAUCCUUGAUUGUAGCCUGGGAGCAGGCUAACUUGUGCAAGUUCGAGGAGGCAGAGCUGCCAGCGUGAGUCAGCAAAGCUGGCAAGAAAAAUGGAGCAGGGAAAUGUGAACUAGUAUGCGGGCCAUUGAUUAUUGAAUUUCGCCCCUUUUGAGGUGUCAAAAUACUAUCCAAUAGGAGCAAAGCAACAUUUACAUCAACCUUUUGGGCAGUUAUUUGUAUUGUCGAGUUCGUCAGAACGCAUCCUAAUCUGGUGUUCCUGUGGCACUGAGGCAGAAAUUUUUCGAGCUAUCACGGGCGACUGAAAAUUAGCCGCCCCUAUUAAUUUUAUCAGGGGCUCCUCGUCCGGGAAACUGGACUCCUUCCGACUCGAUUUCGUUUCCGUAACUUUUCCGUAAGUGUCGCACGCGGAUCCGUAAUCAAUGAUUACCUCAAGCAUACGUUCCUAAUGGUAUUGAUUUGAAAUUUCUGCAGCUAUGUUGAACGCUACUCACCCAUCACAGAAAGCUGGCAAGUCAUGUCUAAUAUGCAGCGUCAGAGACGCCGUUUUGCUCUAGCUGUGCUGAACAAUCAUAUUUAUGCAGUGGGAGGGUUUGAUGAUAGUAAAGGUGAUCUUAAACAUGUUGAAUGCUACGAUCCAGCCAGCACCACUUGGACAGAGGUAAAACCAAUGCAGUGUUGUAGAUAUGACUUUGGUGCAGUGCCGCUGUCGGGGUACCUCUAUGCAGUAGGAGGAGCAAAUGGAAGGCGGGGCUCACUGAACACUGUGGAACGUUUUGAUCCACAAACAAAUGAGUGGUCAAUCGUUGCGCCUUUAAAGCAUUGCCGAGGUGGACUGUCCGUCACUGUGCACUGUGGCAAAAUCUUUGCCAUGAAUGGAAUGAAUGAGUACAUGUCUAUUGUGGAUACCACGGAGAGUUAUGAUGAAGUACAGGACCGAUGGAGUAGUCUGUCCGCUUGUACGCACACUGCAAGGUUCAGUGCCGCUGCUAUUGUAUACCGGCCAGUAAUUCCGUUGCACACGAAGAAGAUGAAUCACAUUAAUACUUCGUGUCAUGAUCACAAUGACGGGAAUAGUUAGCCCUGAUUCUUUCCUACUCCUAGAGGGGGGACUCGCAUAUGAGUCGAACAUGCCUGAUAGGGAAUAGGAAGGGGGAGGAAAAAGCCUCCCAUUUCCCUUCAUUUUAGCCUGCUGACCAGGCGUUAUUUUUUUUCGCGUUUUCCAGGCGAGCGAAAGCAAGCGGUAAGCGAGCUAGGAGCACCAGACAGGCAUCCCCGUCGUGCGUGUCUCGUGUCUGCGGGGC